AUGGAAGAUUUGGUGUUUGUCCAAGAGUUUCAUGCGAUCGAUAAAAUGUAUUACCAAUUAAUUGGUUUGAGUCAUGAUUUAAGAACUUCAAGAGUUAAAGUAAAUAAAUAUCAGAUUAGAUAUUUUGUCCAAGAUGUUAAGAUGUCUAUUCUCCAAAAAAAUAAAUGACUAAUGUUGACGGAUCAUUCUUUUAUUCAGUUUUUCCUCACUUAUUUCUAUCAAUUUUUUCAGAAUUAAACCCCAUAUAAUCUGUUAAUGAAUGUGUGCUUAAAAUUUUAGGUUUUAAAAUUCAUCAGAAAAAAGGUUCCAAAUUUCAAAUCUAAAAACCAAAUAUAGAAAUGUACUAUUAUGGUGAGGAUCACAUUAAAAGAUUAUCACAAUUUUAAUCACAAUAAUCUAUUCAAAAUAAAUAAUAAUAAAUCACAUAGAAAAAUAAUGAUGAAGCAGAUAAAAAUUAAUAAGAAGCUUUAAUAGCAAUUUAUAAUUUAUAAAAAUUAAAAAGUAAAAAAUGA